AUGGCCGAAGGGGAGAUCACAACCUUCACAGCCCUGACGGAAAGAUUUAACCUGCCACUGGGGAAUUACAAGAAGCCCAAGCUUCUCUACUGUAGCAAUGGGGGCCAUUUCUUGAGGAUCCUUCCUGAUGGCAAAGUGGAUGGGACACGGGACAGAAAUGAUCAACACAUUCAACUGCAGCUGAGCACGGAAAGUGUGGGUGAGGUGUAUAUAAAGAGCACUGAGUCUGGCCAGUAUUUGGCUAUGGACACCGAUGGACUUUUAUAUGGCUCACAGACACCCAGUGAAGAAUGCUUGUUUCUGGAGAGGUUGGAGGAGAAUCAUUACAACACCUACACAUCGAAGAAGCAUGCAGAGAAAAAUUGGUUUGUUGGUCUCAAGAAGAAUGGAAGCUGCAAAAAGGGUCCCAGGACUCACUAUGGCCAGAAAGCCAUCCUGUUCCUUCCCCUCCCUGUGUCCUCUGAGUAAGGAAAUCUAAGUCAGGUGUUGGCCACUCCAGAACUAUCCCAGGAAUCUCAAACACCUCUUUCCCUCACUUCUGGAGCCCUGAAUGUCCCUUUGCCUAUUGGGUAGCCUGACCCUAAGAUUAACAGCCACCUCUAUUUGCAAGUUAUGUGCUUUUAAAUUCCUAGUCCCUCUUAUGCAAAGCUGUUUGCACUAGUAAAA